CUCUAAACGGGAAGCCGCUCAAGGCGGCAACGGCGACAUGGAGAAGCAGGGCGGCGACCCGCCAGGCGGCGCGCUCCCAUCAAAGGGGCCUGUUACUGUGCUGAGUGCAUCACAUGAGGAUAAACACAACAGUGACACGUGCUUGGAGCAUGAUGAAAUUAACAAAGCCCAUGGAAUAUUGUUUGAAGAAAAAAGAGAUCCCGAAGAUAUGGACGGUCAACAUCUAUAUGAGGAACAGGGGCCAGAAAUAGAUGAUGAUUUAACUGAAACUGAAGUGUCAGGUAGUCUACUGUGCGACGGUGUGAUAAAUUUGGUAAGAAAGAGUAUUGAAAGGAAACAAACUCGUAAGAUAAUACGAAAGCAAACAACCAAGGUAAUCAGUGCUAGUUGUCUAUUAGUUUUUUCUUUCUACAGAUCAUAAGUACCCAACAUCGGAACUGAGAUCGUUUUGUGUAUAUAUUUAUAUCUUUCUUCUUUUAGAUCAUUUUUUAAUACAUAUGUAUGGGUAUUUCUCGUUUUUCUACGAUACACCAUUAAUGGUCAUGUAAUUUUUUUAAUCUUUUUGUGUUUUUCCCGUUUAUCUUAUGUUGUUGUUUUUAUAAAAAACUGAGACCUAGAAAUAUCGAAGAGCCUGUCAACAAACCCCGUGGUCACGUCGGAGCCAAGGCAUACAGCAGAUGUAGUCUGCCAUACUUUGUUGAUGUUGUCAAGUCCACAUGCAAAAGUAAAGAGAAAGUACAACUCGUCAGAGGUAUUGGCUUCGGUUUCACGCUUGAGUUUGAUGAGUGUGUCGUACCAAGGCCAUUUGCGCAAUGGAUAGCUGAUAACGUUUGUGUCAAGGAUGAACAAAUUGUAUUCAAUCAGAAGGUGAUAACACUCAAUGCAGAGUCAGUGUCCCAUGUUCUUGGGAUUCCAGCAGGCGAAAACAAUAUCAGCAUAACUGAUGAUGGAGGAAAAGCUGAAUUUCUCGCGUUGUUUGGGCUGUCAGAAGUUCCAUCAAUCAAGUAUUUUGGCAACAAGAUCAUCAAGGAGGAGGAGCUAUCUGAUGAACAAUAUAUCCGUUGUUAUAUGAUCGUUAUGCUUGCAACCUUCUUAUGCCCAACAUCAAACACUAAACCAAGCACCAAGUAUAUGGGAGCACUAAUUGAUGUUAGCAAGAUCAAAGACUUAAACUGGUGUGAAUUCACGCAUGCAUGGUUGAUGCAAGCAAUCAACAAGUAUCAAAAAGAAAAGGUGAAGCAAAACAGGAUAACAUUAACACUGGGCGGAUGCAUUUUUCACCUUGCGGUCCGGUGCCUUGAUUUUGUUGACUUUGGGACCAUACAACUACAGUGUACAUUGCCAAGAAUCUGUAUAUGGAAGGGGAACCUAAUAAAACUUUUCAGCGAGAUGCUCUUGGAUAUGGAGGUUUCAGAGUUAAGAAUGAGUCUGAAACUUGUUAUGGCCAACAAACACAUGAAUGGGCUAGCACUGAAAAAAAUUCAUACAUGAAGGAUGCUAUUGAAAGAAGAUUCGGAAAUUCUCUGAGCGUGAAGGUAAAAGAAGAUAUAUAUAUAACAUUCCAACAGUACAUGAAAGAUGAAGGGCCCAGCACUUGCUCCAAAGUAAAGGAGUUGAUCUUACAAACUCUUAAAAUAGUGACAUCAGCGAAUAGCGAUUCCGAAAAAACAGUGAAACUCGAUUCAAGCAACGAAUACAUAUCAGCAAAUGCUGAUAUUGAUUCAGAGACAACUGUUAAGGUCAAUUCAAACGAAGAAUAUGAUCAUGAUGAUAUAAUAUCUAGAAAGAAAAGAAGGUUAGGAGAUCAAAUAGAAAGGCUAACACACGAGGAGCCACAAACUUCUAUAAUUAAAGGGAAAAAUUUAAGUCAUCAGUCAUGUGGGUCUGAAGGAACACACAGCAAGGCGCAGCACAACAUGGUAGUUGAUGAACAAGGGCCACAGUUAGCCCCAAUUGCUACUACAUUCGAAGCAAGCAAAACCAUAGAGGACUUACAACCCACCACCCAAGCUAUACUUCAAGAAGACAACUAUACGCAUUCAAAAACAGUGACCACAGCAAGUUUUGAUUAUAUGCUAUGUCCUCAGAAAUUUGAGUCUACUUCAUACCAACAGCAAGAACAAGGAGUCACAAUAAGCACACCAUCUUUUUGCGGUUUCAAGAACAAUACCAGCACUCAAAAGGAACCAACAAGUGAUCAAUUUCCAGAGAGCAAAAUGAGCAUAGAUAUUAACAAAGUUUUUGUGCCAGAUGAAGAACUAGCUCACACACAGACAACACAAACAUUUUUUGCACGCUAUCUAGAUGAAGCUAGGAAAAACUACUUCUUCUACGGUGAUGACAUACCAACAUUACGGCUCUUCAAAAACCACGAUGAUUGCGGGAAUGAAAUCAAAGAGCCCGAAUUGUGGCGUCCUCUGCACAUGGACUCAGAAGAGUACGAAAGAAAGAUUGAGGCUGCUAAGAGGGAUGGUCCCCCAAAGAAAAACAUAGAAGUGGACAAUAUGAUGUCAAAAGACCCAGAACAGAGCUACAAAAGCAUUAAGCAGCAUUCUCAGUAUGAAAUUAAUAGCACGCCCAACGAGUUCCCCGUUUGUUGUGCACAACAACAAAGCCAGAGCUACUUUUGCAAAACACCAAGGCCUUCAACUGCAACAACAACAGAUGCAAGCAUUAUAGACUUGACCUCGCCAAAUGCUUACAAAAUUUUUCAGUGGAACCAGGAACAAACAUGCUACUCACCAAAGAACAAGAACAUCAGUUUCUUCUCACCGAGUACAUCACAUGAAAGAAACAUUGGGUCUCCUAAUCAAUUAAUAAUACCCAGAAGGUUGUUCUCUGACAAAAGCAACCACACGUAUACACCAGAUGGCACUGAAGAACAACCAAUAGCAAUAAGGGACAAUCAAUCUGCCUCCCCAGAGGUUCAAAUCCUGGGGGAAAAGUCUUUGCAACAAAAUUGCUUGAACUUGCUGGGAAACUCAGAUGAACAUUACAACACCCGUCUUUUGUUAGGGAGCUCAAACAGCUCGGUGGGAAAAGAAAAUGUUCCAAACAAAAGAAUUCUUAAGCCAAGCAAAUACCUUUGCUCUCCUUAUGACGGGUAUAACAGGGGAGAAAUUUUGAGCCAUGAAUUGGAUCUCUACAACAAUAUCAUGAUCUUAAGCAGUCAUGCAGAUUACAAGGGGGUUUCUUUGGAACAAUUGGGAAAUCUUUCAAAGAGGAAGGAUGGGUAGAGUCAUACGUCAUAAAUGUGUUCUGUAGGAAACUCUUUAGGGACAAUCACCCAAGACUAUCUCAAAGGCAUUUCUUCUUCCACACUGCUAGUGAAUACUUCCUACAAAAGUGGAAGAAUGAAGCAUCGAGAUUGCAGUGGAGAGAUAAAUUAAUAAAGAGCUUCACAGGAGCUGGAAAAGCAAAGGAUCUUCAGCAAUGUAACGAAUUAUUUUUUCCAACGCUACACAAGUCACACUAGUUCGUUUUCCUGGUGGACCUGUGUGCCCAUAAAUUCAUCUUCCUGGAUUCAAAGUAUGAUGGAGAUAGCACAUACCACAGGACAAUAAAGCACAUGAUGAUCGAAAACUUCAAACGAGCUUGGAAUGAUGCUGGUCAAAAGAAUAUGGGAUUCAGACACUACGAAACUGCAUAUCCAAACUUACUGAAGCAGUAAGGAUGUGAUGCAUGCGGGAUUUUUGUCUUGAACUGGUUAGAGAACUGGCGUUCUAGGAAUGCGUUGCAAUCAGUCUUCACGCACGAUAUGGUCCAAGAUGCACGUAUCAGGUUUGCAGUCGAUAUUCUGUUCAGUGACCACAACAUUCUCGAUGAAGGGAAAAGGAUUGUCAAGGAUUUAUGAAAUAUGAGUUAAGAGACACUUUCCAGAAAACUCACCAGUGGACAUACCAGUACAAAGAUUAACAAUUCAACUAUAGUUGCGAAAAUGGCAAGACACCGUCUCUUCAAUUGUUUCUCUCACAAACAAUGGCGCAGAAUUUGAAGUUGAUGCGCAUGAAGCAAGGAAAUGUGGUGUCAAGUAGAUAACAAAACAUUUUUAUGUGUUUCAGAUUUUUUUGUUUCGUUUGUACACUGUGGCCAUGUACAAAGUACUAUGAGGAAGAGAAUGAAUGGAAAUGCGUAUGCAAAUAUAUUCGAAGUACUAUGAGGAAGAGAAUGAAUGCAAAUGAGUAUGCAAUUAUA